CUGACUUUUUACUGAAAAAUCGCUUUAAAAUCACGUAUGAAAAAAUGUGUACUGUUUUUAUGUGUCGAGUAUACUGUAAACACACCCCCUUUGGGGAAACUGAAGGAGUCAUGGGGUCGAGCCUAAACUCUCCUCAUAAUUAUUUUCCACAUAUUCCACAGCCGUGAGGAUCGCGACUGAUACUCAGUUAUGCGCUUUAGUGCACGGGGAUCUGACUCUGACAGCUGCAGGUUCACUCGCAUCACUGCGCGUUCACGCGAACUCUCCAGGAACUCCAGUCAGGACGCGCGAUGCUUUCUGCCGCGAAACCUCAACGCGUUCUGACUCCCAAGUAGAGAGAGGAACCAGCGCGUGCUUCUCACAGACUCCAUGACGAGGAUCGUUCAGCAGAUCUCCGCGGAGCUCGCGAUGUCGGCGGUGUUUGCCGUUCUGUGCGCGCUCCUGGCUCCGGUCACGGCGGAUCCGCGCGCGGUGAACUGCAGCCAGGUGAAAGACGCGUUCAGGGACCUGGGCUACAGUCCUGCACGUGUUCCCACCGAGGAAACAGCAGGAGACGAUCUGCAGGUUUGCGCUCCUCAGAGAUCCUGCUGUAAUGCAGAAAUGGAGGAGAACUUCGUCCAGAGAAGCUCGCGGGACUUUGAGAAGCUCAUGGACGACACGAGCGAAGAGCUGAGGGACGCGUUUAUGACCGGACAUAAAAGGUUUGAUGAGUUCUUCUUGGAGUUGCUGGAGAGCACCGAGCGCUCUCUGAACGAGAUGUUUCUGCGCACGUACGGCAAGCCCUAUCUGCAGAACGCCGAGGUCUUCCAGGGUCUGUUCGCCGAGCUGAAGCGAUACUACACAGGCGGCAACGUCAAUCUGGAGGAGAUGCUGAACGAUUUCUGGAUGCGUCUGCUGGAGCGCAUGUUCCAGCUCCUGAAUUCCCAGUAUCUCAUCACUGAAGACUAUCUGGAAUGCAUCGGCAAGUACGUGGAAGAGCUUAAGCCUUUUGGAGACGUUCCCAAGAAGCUGAAGUCUCAGGUUACCCGAGCGUUCAUCGCCGCCCGCACCUUCGUCCAGGGCCUCAUGGUUGGACGGGAGGUGGCUAACAGGGUUUCUACGGUCACCAUGAGCUCUGCGUGCGUCAGCGGCUUCACUAAAAUGCUCUACUGCUCGUACUGUCAGGGUCUGUUCACGCUGAAGCCCUGCAACAACUACUGUCUGAAUGUGAUGAAGGGCUGCCUGGCCAAUCAGGCCGACCUGGACCCAGAGUGGAGCAAAUACAUCGAUGCCAUGCUCCUCGUGACGGAGCGUCUGGAGGGACCCUUCAACAUCGAGUCGGUCAUGGAGCCCAUCGAUGUGAAGAUCUCUGAAGCCAUCAUGAACAUGCAGGAGAACAGCAUGCAGCUCUCCUAUCAAGUUUUCCAAGGUUGUGGACAGCCCAAGCCUUCAGGAAUGAGCAGGUCGGCCCGCGGCGUCUUCAGUCCCUACAGCCCCGAGGAGCUUCCGACCGCCGCGGCCGCCACUCGCCUCGACCGCCUGGUGACUGAUGUGAAGGAGAAGCUGAAGAAGUUCAGGAAGUUCUGGUCUUCACUUCCUGAGGCCUUCUGUCAGGAGGAGCAUGUGGCGGCUGCAGAAAGCACCGAGGACGACUGCUGGAACGGACACGAGAAGGGCAGAUACGUCCCUGAGGUUCUGAAAGAUGGCCUGACCAAUCAAGUGAAUAACCCGGAGGUGGGCGUGGACAUUUCCAGACCGGACACUCUGAUUCGACAGCAGAUCAUGGCUCUCAAGGUGAUGAGCACCAAACUCAAGAACGCUUACGAUGGCAAUGACAUCUACUUUCAGGACUCCAAUGACGACAGCAGUGCUUCUGGCAGCGGCAGCGGCUGCACGGAGACGUGUGUCACUGAAUCAGACUCCUUCAUCACUGACGCUCCUGUUCAGGAAGCAGAGAAAACAGAUGAAACAUCUUCUGCUUGCAUCAUCCAGCCCAACCUGCUGCUGCUGGUCCUGAGCGCGCUGGCCUUGAGAGAGCACUGGAGAUAGUGAUCGCUGAGCUCCACACAGACUGGUGUGUUUUAUAUCAGACGGGACACUGAUCUCAGCCGUCUGAAGACUUGAGGCCACUCUUCCCGAUUCAGCAGGUGUUGCAUGAUGGAAGUUCUUCAAAAGGGCCGUAAGCAUCACACAUCUGAUAUAUGAAAGAUGUCAAGGGUUUUUUGUUGUUGUUAUAUUUCCAGUAUAGUAGAUUAAAGGAAUAGUUUACCUAAAAAUAUACAUUUGCUGAAUAUGUGCUCACCGUUAGCGCCAUCCAAGAUAUGGAAGAGUUUGUUUCAUUAUCAGAUUUGGAGAAAUGUAGCAUUGCAUCAGUGUCUCAUCAG